AUGUUGCGAUUUGUGGUAAAAUAUGGAUUUCAUGAAAAGACCUUUAUCAAUAGUUUUUUGUCAGCGUCUGUAAAAUCACAAUUACAUUUAGAAUUAAAAGAAAAUAUCAAUUAGGUUUAAAAUUUAAAUACUUUGAUUGGUGUAAUUGAUACAUCAUACAAAACAAAUUAAAUAAUCCCAUUAGAUUUAUUGAAAUUAGUUUUAUAAAGAUCUACAGAAUUAGUUUAAGUUGAAAGCAAUUUAGAAUAUUUAAAAGGUCUUUUAUUAACACUUUCAAUAAACAGAAUAGAAAAUAGAUAAUUAAAUUAGACAAUUCUUGAUGUUGUAAUGUAGAAUUAUUAAAAGUUAUCUGAUGAGCAUUUAAUAACAAUUACAGAAACAAUCAUAUAUAAUAAGCUUAAUUAAAAAUAUAAAAUCAAAGAUAUUUAGAUAUUGUUUGAAUAAAUGGCAAUUAAUUUAUAAAACAGUGAUUCUCAAUUAUAUAAUCAAUAAAUAUUACUAUAAUUACCAAAACUCAUAAAUUUAUCAUAGCAUAUUAGACAUAAUAAAUUAAUUCAUGAGAUAUUGGCAACAGUUUAUGGUUUAUUGCAUUAAUUAAAAUAAUUCUACAAUUAAGAAUUAAAUGCAGAAUACUUAAGUUUAUCUUUAUAAAUGUGCCAAAUUAUGGAUACUUUAGAAAUAUUAUUUUAAAAUCCUUUAAUAGUAAGUGCUUAAAAGAAAUAAUAAAAAAAAUUAUAGUAAUAAUUUAUGGAUUUGAUUAAUCAAUCAUUCACAGAAAAAAAUAUGAUAGAAACAUAAUUUUCAGUAUAACAUAUUAAUUCAAUCCUUAAUUUUGUAAAGAAAUAUCCUAAAUCUCCACCAAUCUCAAUUCCAACUUAAAUUCAUAAUUUAAUAGGGAAUAUUUAUAUAAGUUUAAUAAACGAAUAUACUACAAAUCAAAAAUAAAAAAUUUUAAAAACUUUGGUUGAUUACAAUAGUUUAGCAUAUUUCUUGACUAAAACAAGCAAAAAUUUUUAUUUAUAAGAUUAGGAUUAUAAGGUUAUUCAUCAUUUAGUAGAAACAGAAAGUAAUCUUUUCAUUUUAGCAAAGACUCUUGAAACAAUAUCAACAAAUGUUUAAAAUCAUAAUGAUUUACAUCAUAAUCCAAAUAAUCGAAAUCAUUAACAUCAUCAUCAUGAUCAUCCAAAAUUAAGAGAUUCAGUAUUACAAUUAAUUGAAUCUAAAAUAAGACAAUUAAUGUAAAAUCAUCUAAAUCCAAGUGAUUCAUUAGUUAUUGCAUUUUAAUCUUUAGUAAAAAUAGAAGAUUAUACACCUAAACUAGCAGCACUUUUAGAAUAUUUUGCUUAUGGUUAAGUAUUAAAUUAAUUAAAAUGGAUAGAUUUUAUUGUUAAAUUUAUUCCAAGUUUAGGAAUUCUUAGUAAAAGAUUAACUUAAUAAUUUUAUAUGUCUGUUUAAUAAAAUAAUAGUGAUUAAUUUAAAUAAUUGUCAGAUGUUUGGGGAAAAGUCUUAACAGUUUUAAUGAAAAAGAUUGAUUAAUUAGAACCAAACAAAAUUCCUAUUAUUCUAUUUUAUUUGAGUUAAGCAAGCAAACUUGAUUUAAAAGAUGUUUCCACUUUAUUGCAUAUUAUUAAAAAAUCAACAGACUUUUCAAAAUUUAAUAUUUAAUAAAUUUGUGAGAUAUUUUAUUCCUUUAGUAGAUUAAAUUAUUAAGAUACAUAAUUUUAUUUUGAUCUCAUUAAUAAAUUAGUUGAUAAAGAAAUGACUAUGGAUUAAGUAAUUUUAGUUUAUUCAGGAUUAAUUAUAAAUAAAUUAUAUAAUUAAACUUUUAUUAGUUAAUUGUAGGAUCAGCUAAAAAUUAAAGAUUUUAAUGAAAAAAAUAUGUUGAGUUAUCUACAAUCAUUAUUAACAUUGUAAUUUCAACCAAAAUCAACAAUUAUGGACUCAAUAACAACAUAAUUUUAUAAAUCAAAAAACUCAGAAUUUAUUGUAGGAUGUGCAACUUCUUUAUUAUAAUAUCAUUAUGAUUAAAAAAUAUUAGAGUAUUAUAAUAAUUUCUUAAAAAAUUAGAAUGAACUUUAUAUUAAAUCUCCAUUCUAUGCACAUCAAUUGCAUGUUUUAUUUAUGAAAUUGAAACAUGUAGAUUAGGUUAAUUAAGAUUUCCUUUAAGAUAUAAUUAAAGUACUCUAAGAAUCAAAAAUAAGUCUAGCUAAAUACCAUUUAUAAAUGAAAUAAAUAACAAGAAGUUAAAUGGAAUUAGAAAUAAUCGAUUAAUUCAAAAAUAUUUUAGAUUUUGAAAAAUUAGAGAAAUAAGCCUAAUUAAAUGAAUAUAAAUUUGCUGAUUAAUAUGAUCCAAUAGAAAUUCCUAAAAUUGAAAAUUUAAUACCCUAUUAAAUAGAUUUUAAAGUAGGUGAUUACUGUUUUGAAAUAAAUGGACCAAAACAUUAUUUAUAAAUUUGGCCAGAAUAAUAAUUUAAAUUAGAUGGAUGGACUAUGAAGAAAAAAUAACUUUUAGAGAGCAUAGGUUUUAAAUAUAUUGAAAUAAAUCAUGAAUAGUAUAGACAGAAGGGAUUUGAAUACUUGAAAUAAUUUUAAUCUAUUUGAAUUCUCGAG